CAAAAGCCAUGAAUAAGUUUUGUGGGGAGCCCGACAAAAUUUCGAGGGCUGUUAAAAUUCGGGGGGGCAAACCCGCAAUUUUAGUUAACCUCUAGAGAGACUGGGGAAACAGAAAUGUGCGAGAUGUAUCAGUUGUCUAACUGAUGUAUAAUUUUUGCCUGUUUUGUAGAAAUCCCGGAAUGUCAGUGACCAUUCAUGCUACCCUGUUCAGUUUGUGACGUUAUCCUUAUUCGAUAACAGUGCAUAUCAUGAAACGCAUCGAGGGACUUCGAUCCUUUUUAUCUCUGUUGAAAUGAAUCACACCAGUCUAAAGUCCUGUAGGAGACAACAGCAGGGUCACACUAUCGCUGGCAACUCACACAUCUCCACAUAUAUGUCUAAGGUCUAAACGAGACAUAAACAAGCGGAAAAGUAACAGAAAGAAGUGUGACAUUGUUCGGAGCCGGGAAUGGAGGCUACAUCAUCACUGAUAAAGUCAGUCUCUAGGAGGGUGUGGUCAGUGCCUCAGAGGCCCUUCAGAGUGUGCUCCCAUAACAGGGAGCUGAGGAAGGGCGUGACAGGAGGAACCAUGCAGGAACUGAGGGAAAGGGCCGCCCACGCGCUGUUCCUCUCUGCCGUUUCCCUGAGCCUUGUGUGCGAGGAGGAUGGGACUGAGGUCGACUCAGAUGAAUUCCUCCUGACCCUCCCAGACAACACUGUGCUGAUGGCCCUGGAGCCCGGACAGGCAUGGAGUCCAGCACCUGGUUCUAAGCAGAGCAGAGUUACAUACUCCACUACAAACAUAAAACCCAGAACCGGACGUGACAUAGCCCGAGUGACUUUUGACCUCUACCGCCUCAACCCGCGUGAUGUGUUCGGCUCGCUGAGCGUGAAAGCCACGUUCCAGGGCCUGUACUCUGUCAGCGCCGACUUCAAGUGCCUGGGCCCCAAGAAGGUGCUGAGAGAGGCGCUUCGCGUGGCGUCCGCGAUGCUCCAGGCGGUGGGACACAUGCUUAUCACAUCGGCCUCCGUCAUCCGCCGCAUCAUCGAAGGCUCCGACAGCUGGCAUUCAACUUAUGACAAGAGUGACUCCGCCCGGAUCACCGAAUACUGGGAAUGACCCUGGGGUCCACACCAUACUUAAUCCUCAUUCUUCCAACGUUAUACAUAGAGUGAUGUAGGGUGGUAAAGCUGUAAUGUAUUAAUAAAUGUUAAAUAAAUCACAUGUAAAUAUAAUAUUAAUUAGCAAAUGAGGAACGUGCAUUUUGUGCUGAGGUUUUAAGCUUUUGUUGUGCAGAUGUGUUCCCUACUGAUGUACAACAAAUUAAAUGCUAAACCUUUAACAGC